AUGAAUAACUCAAGAUACUCUUAUUAUUCAUCAAGUUCUUUACCAAGAAAAAAAUAUCCUCGUUAUUCUUUACUGGAAAGGAAAGAUUCAAGAUGCACUCAUUACUUGUCAAGUCAUUCACCAAGAAGAGGUCAUUCGCUAAGUAUUCAAAGAAACUGUUCACUAUCUGUUCGAGAUUCAAGAGGCUGCUCAUCAUCUAUCAGGAAUCCAAGAGGUCAUAGUAAUGAUCAUUUAUCAACUAUCAUAGACUCGAGAAGAUUUGGUAAUAGCCAUUCAACAAGUUUUCAAAGGAGUCAUUCACUAUCUGUUCGAGAUUUAAGAGGCCACUCGUCAUCCAUCAAGAAUCUAAGAGGUCAUGAUAAUAACCGUUCAUUAACCAUCAUGGACUUGAGAAGAUUUGGUAAUAGCCGUUCGCCAAGAGGAUAUGAUAAUGAUAUGUUAUUUCGAUCAACUCAAUAUAAUCGAAAAAGAAUAUCAAUAACUUCAGCAUCAGAAGCUAGCUAUCAUCAUGCUCGAAAUGUUCUUGAAGAUAUGAACAAAGAGCAAUAUAAGAGUUUUCAUGAUGAAGUAUUGCAGAUUCUUAGUGAUUUUGAUGAUGUGUUACAACUGGAUCAUACCAAAAGAUGGACGGAUAUCACCCGACAUAUUGCAAAACAUACAAUGAAGGAGAUUGAUAAAGUUAUGAAGAGAAGAUUUCAAUACAAAAAUACAGAGCUGAAUCUUAAUCCAGAAAAAGUCAAGUCAGAAAAGAAAAGAAAAGGGAUCAAUUUUCGUAAAAGUGAUAAAAAAGAGCGACAUCGAAAAGGAUUAUCUCAUAUAUUCAAUAUCAAAAAUAGUUCAUUAAUCGAUCUCAAACCAUCCUCUUUAUCUUGGGAUGAAUUCAAGAAUGAUUGUGAAUUAUUGAUGAAUGAAGGUGAAUUCUAUAGUAAUGAAGUAUCUGAGAGUGAUGAUGAACUCGCCCAAAAGAAGUUAAUAUGA